AUGUUCCAUAUUCAAACAUAUCAAUUUUAUCUUCUUCUUAUAGGUCUUCCUAUGUUAUAUUGUUUUGUUCCAAUUUACAAUAAUAAUCUUAUUAAUAACCGAGAAGGCAUUCAACCAUUGUUCAAUUCAUUUGUUAUGGUUGUUUCAUCAGGAAAUUCUAGUAAAACUUUAGACAAUAUUUCUUCUCAAAAUUGUUUCUUUUUAGAAGAAACAAAUAGUUCAAUUAUUGUCGAGUUAUCUGAUGGUAUUAAUUUUGUAAAAUUUAAUAAAACUAUUAAUUUUAAACAUAUUAAUAUUGCAUUAACAACUCAGAUUGCUCCAAUUAAACGAAUUCCACAAGAAAUUAGAGAACACUUUUAUUAUUCUCCUUCUCACAACGUUCUUUCUCCUGGUGUAAUUAUUUCUGGAGAGGAUUUAAUUAGUGAUUAUAGAAUAGACGAAAGUUAUGAUGAUGAUUUCUUUGAAAAGGAAAAUACCCAAAUUCAAUCAUUAGAUCUAAAACAACGUUUGGGUUUAAGUAAUGGUUUGGGAAAGGAGGUCUGUGUUCAUAAUUUAACGUUCUUCCAUUUUAUUGCUAUUUCAGCAACAGAACUCGGUAACAAAUUUUAUAACCUCUCUAGUAUCCCAUCAAUUAUUUUUGAUUCUGAUCGUAUUUUUCAAAUUUAUAUGUCUGUGUGUUUUGCUCUAAUUUGUGCCAAUAUGUUUACACGAUGGGUUGUUCCAUCAAAAGAACAUCUUGUAUUAUAUAUUGGGUUUACUCUUAUUUUUAUUUCUUUCUAUCAUAUUAAUGGUCAAUUCACUCACCCCAGUUCUGACUUAAAACAAUUUGCCUCUAUUAAUUAUUUUACCCCAAUUCUCUUUUUCUCUCAAAUUCUCCUUAAAUACAAAAGUGUAACUGAGUUUUGUAGUGCUGUUGAAGAAACUUUGAAGUAUCUCUGGGAGUCUUAUUUCAUUUUAUUUAUUCCAUUAAUUAUUAUUUUAUUAGGUACUCGUUUUACGUCUGUUUGUUGGUUUGGAGUACUAAUACUCUCUUCAUUAAUCGUAAAAUUUACACCUAAAAAGGUUAGUAUUAUAACAAAGUUUUCAGCAUUAAUAUGUAUGGCUUAUAUUUUGUUGUUUGUGAAUUGGGAUCUUUUUAACUUUAUUUGUGUAGUUCCAUUCUUCUUACUGCUGAUUUAAGUUAAUAUUUCUUUUUUUC